UAGCAGCUUUUGUAGUGGGUUGUGUUUCCCUGAUUGGAGAGCAGCAGCAGUGACUUGUUGGGUUCGGUCACUGGUGGAAUUCGAUGUCUUGCGUUUUGUUUUUGCUGGUAAUGGUGCAUGGUGUCGGGGAGCUGGUGUGUGGGUGUGUUUGCUAGCUGGCUGUUGUUGUUGUUGUUGUUCUUGCAUCUUCAACUUUGAGGAGGCUCUGAUUGUUUUAUGAUUGACAAUUUGGAAGAGAAUGUUUGGUGGGACUGGGCUUAUUCAUCCCAGCGUUGCCUUUGUGCUUGACAUGUUUCGGGCAAGGUAUUACGAUUGUUUUUUUUUAACCUCAAGAAUUCAAUGACUUUGACAAGAUUUGAAAGAUAUUGACGCUUGCACUAAACCUAGCUGUGGGACUUUAACGUUGAGGUUGUUCGAAGCGGGUGAUAUAUCGUGAAAAUACGCUUCUAGUCGUAAUGGUCAGAGCAAGCAGUGCUCUGACAUGUAUUGUGUUGUAUGUUAUUGCAUGUAUUUAUGUAUGAUUGCUAAUCUGCUCACGAAUGGGUUUUUACACAUGAAGGCUCUCUCAUCAUCCUUGUGACGACGUAGGAAAUCGGAAACAUUUGUUAGCUUAUCAAGGUUCUCAAUUUAUGAUUUAAUCGUUUGAGGAUCCUUGAUCUGAGAAGUUGAGUUUAAGAGAAAUGCUUUGCACUCGAAACCUAGCUCUUCAACGUGGAAGCUCUCUGAAGUUAUUGAUCGUUGAUGCAGAAAAUUGGUGGUAGAUACAGCUGAGAGAAAGAGGAAGACACAGAGCAGGCUAAUGUUCCUGAGGGAGUUUCCUUUCUGUUGCAGCGGCGCUCGUUUCUGGAGCCUGUAUCAUCACCAUCAACUAAGGUUGAGCGGAUUAUUGAUUUGCGAAAUGAGUGAGGAUGAAAUGUAAAGCUUCUCUCCAGGGGGGAUCAGAGCCAACAAUGAGUUCACACGCAUCGGACACAUCGUAAGGAGUCCCAUGCCUGCAAUCGUUAGGAGCGUGUCACAAGGGAUUGCAGCCAUUGUGUAAGGAGGGUAUUGUCAUCGAAGGAUUCAUUUCAAAUUGACCAUUCUAAGUAUCUAAGAGGCGUCUGGUAGCUGACAGAAGUGUGCGACUUUGCGACUUUGGCCUCGUGGAUAUCCUUUGCGUAUCAUAAAUUCUAUGCAACAGGGCAGGUGAUUCAGCGUACCUUAUAACAUUUCAGCAUUUUCUGCCGAGGUUUCGUAAAGCCUUUUCUUAAAGGUGUUUAAAGAUUUUAAGCAGGACAUUGCCUAGGGGAACGCAGAAAGAUAUGUUUUCUCACCUUCAAAACCUUCACCGUAGCAUUUUCUCGUCGAGUGUAGAGACGCAUCCAUUGCACACGAUGUUCUUCGUCUUGGUCCUCCAAAACCCCUCAUGGAAGAUUUAUAAGUAAAAUUGUAGUCGCCGGAGUUUGCUUCGUCAACCAAGUCUGCGGGAGAUAAAAGAACAUAGGACUACCGGUUUGCGUUGCUUCAGUUUCCAAGCCAAAUUCCGCAGCCCAUCGGUUGUGACUCAUCUUUCAGUAUACGCUGUGGAGUUCGGCUGAAUAGUGUUCAAUCAUGGAAAGCAACCAGGAAGCAGAUCCUCGGAAAUCAAGGGAAGGCUACCGGGAUGUAGAUCCUUACAAACUGAGCGCACGGAAUUGUGGAGGUGUCCAUUGCGCGCUCUUUCCUGGAACACCCGUUGAAAUUUCUCUCGCCAACUGCGACAUCGAGGCACUGGUGCAACCCUCCCCAGAUGAAGUGGAAUCGUAUGAGCUUUACCUUCAUCUUCCUGAGCUUCGCUGGCUAUGGCACACACCUCUCUGUCCGAACUGGUCCAUGGAGGGCAUCGUCAAGCCGGCCCUCCAUUCGUUGGAGAUGGUGUUCCGGUUGACAUCUAGUAUGCUGCAAGACGCUCGUCCUUACAUUGCUCGAGAUGAGUGGCUCCGCAAGCUAGAGUCUCUGGCUAUCAUGGAGAUUGAGCUUGUCUCUCACCUUGUUGAGGGUGACAAGAAAGCCCCCACCACAGCAGCAGGCUCUAUGCCAUCAGCAUGGCAAACAGCGGGUGCGAGAUCCUCUGUUAGUCGCACCAGUCAGGACAGCCUUCUUUCCAAAUGGCCCAACUGGAAGGGUGCACAGAACUUAAGAAUGAGGUUGCUGUACGCUAUUGAAUGUCACAUGCUGCGUGCGCCAUUUACUCUUGGUCUUGGCGAGCCUAACCUUGCUGGCAAACCACUACUCGAAUACGACCGGAUCUGCACUCCCUUACAGGUCUUUGCUUGUCGUCAAGCUGCGCCAGGGCAUCCCGAGGACCAUACAUUGUCCACAGUGCAUCAGAUUUUGGAGUCAUGGCUCAUGGUGGCGCAGGGUUUGCUGAAAGCAAUAGAGGAGCGAGUGAAAGCUGGUGACUCUGAAGGCGCUGCUAGAAAGUGCUGGAUUGUGGAGAAGGUUUGGAAGCUUUUACUGGCCACCAUGGAUCUUCUUCAAGUCAUGGAUCCUGAUGACUUCAUGCGGCUCAAACAUGAGCUUGCUAUUAACACAAAGCCUCAAGUAGGAAUCAACCACGGAUUCGAACACAUUGGGGGAGGUGCGUAUUGUCUUCGGUCUACAAUGUUGCGGGAAGUCACCCGAGCCUGCAAAGAGCUGCGGCACCUGGUGCCAAAGGCAGUGGGUGUGGAGGCUGAUCCUAAAGGAGGCCCGCGGCUGCAAGAGGCUAUCAUGGGGCUAUUUCAAACACACGGAAUGGAAACAUCUGGGACGCCAUCACGUUCAGGAGUGAUUCAUUUACUUCAGUCUUUUCAAGCUGUUGAAGUCUCAGUGCGACAAUUUUACUUCUCAUAUCAACAGCUAGUUGUAGCAGUAAUGGGUAGUGGAGAGUACAAGGUUGACGUGCAGACAGAGAUUUCUGCUGCAGAAGCUCUCUCCCAAUUCUAUUUUGAGCCUCCUUAUUUUCCUAGCCUUGAUGGGGCGAAGACAUUCUUAGGAAGCUAUUGGCACAAUAGUCCUGAUUUGGAAGAGGGAGUGAUCAUGCGGGAGCUCGCGGCAGCUAAAACAAGCAGCACACAGAACGGGUAUCACAAGGACCAUCACACUCAAGGUAGCAGUGCUCAGCUUGCUAAUGGAGACGCUAUAAUGAAGGAAGCCUUCACCUCUGAUCAACAGCUAUUUCUGAACGUCUCUCUAAAUCACAACCAGCUCCACAUGCACAACGGGUACUCUUGAUUUUGACCUUUUCUUUGGAGUGUCAAUAUUGUCUUUAAUCUCAGGGCUGGCAAAAGCACUCCCAGGUGUGGAAUCGCCGGAGAUACGUUUGGGUUGGUUGUAAAAUUUCAAUGAAGCAACCGGAAAAUCCUGUUACUUCUGGAGAUCUUUGUGUGGUAAAUUCAUGAUUGUUAGUAUGAUAAAGAAGGUUUUAGAGGAUUUUCACUGAUUGAAGUGUUAGGAUUUGGAAAUGUAUUAAUUAAAGGAAGCCUAUCCUUGAAAAGGAGGACUUUCAAUGUGUAGGUUAUACUGCAUAAUAAUGCCUUUGAAAUGCGCAUGUUGAAUUUUGUACAAUGUGAAAGUUUUCAACUUUAAAUUAGUUUGUUGAUCGAGAGUCUUACAAUGAGAUUUUCAUUAUUUUA